CUGGUUUUCAGGAAUCUGAACUUUGAUUCUUUAUGGCACUAUUCUGACUGUACAGCAAGCAAAUCUUUAGGUGUGCACAUUUUUCAGUUGCCAGUGAACUUUGAGGAGCCAUCAGCGUCCCUUUCCGAAAGUGAGCAGGCUUCAGUGAACCCCAGGCAAAAGACCCUUUACUGGAAAGUCAUGAAGGAGAGUGAUGAGAGCGGGUCAUCAUCAAUGGUGCUUCAGCUGUCAGAUAGCAACACAUCGCAAACAAAAGCUGCCGGUUUUAAGAAGUCUGAAACGGGGAUCCUAGCAUCCAUACAGCCUGAAUCCAUACAUCCAGUCUCAACUUGCACUGUUACCAAUCCAGAUAUCAUUACGGUGGAAAUAAAGUCAGAAAGCCAGUUUUGGCAGGAUGAUCCUAAAGACGAAGGGAAUGAGAUUCCUUCUUGGCAUAUUAAGGAAGAAGUACAUAAUGUGAGCUGGUACUGGCCACAGCAAAGCGAUCAGCAAGGAAGGCACCCAUGGAAAGAAGAAGAAAACUCAUUUCAUUUUGGAAGCAAUUUGGAAGAAAACCACAAUCCGCAGAUCCACUUACAAAACGAACAAGAAGUGGCUGGCUACACUUCUGCUUGGCCUGGGAAAACAUACACAAGCACAUCAGGGUAUGUCACACCUGAGAAAAGGCACCCCAGAGGGAAAUCGUCCUACAUGUGGCCUGAAUGUGAAAAAUGUGCCCCCUUCAGCUCUGACUUUGUAGGCCACUCAGAGACCUUCACUGAACUGAAUCCCUCUGAAAGCACCUUAAGCAAUAGUUCAGUCCUCUUUAAACAUGUUGCCUCUACCGCAAGAGAAAGCUGCUACGCUUGCAAGGACUGUGAGGAAAGUUUCGCUUGCAAAUCAACCCUUGAUCGGCAUCGGAUGAGUCACACAGCCAACAGGCCCCACAAAUGCCAUGAGUGUGGCAAGAGCUUCCAAGCCCGGUCAAUUCUUGUGGUUCACCAGAGGAUCCACACAGGGGAGAAGCCUCACCAGUGCCCCGAUUGCGGCAAGAGCUUCAGAGUGAAAUCGUCCCUGACCCUGCACCAGAGACUUCACACUGGAGAGAAGCCAUUCCAGUGUCCCGAUUGCGGGAAAAGAUUUAAUCAGCGCAUGAAACUCGUCUAUCAUUAUAGAACCCACACUGGCGAGCGGCCCUAUCAGUGCUUUGACUGUGGCAAAGGCUUCAUUACACGUUCAAGUCUUGUUCGACACGAGAGAGUCCACUCUUAG